CGCCGCCACCGGCGCUACCCCGCGGAGCGGAAGUGCGUAAGGGCGGCUUCCGGUUGCCCGCGUCGGCGGCCUCGGCGGCGGGAUGGAGGAGGUGCCGCAGGACUGUCCCGGGGCCGGCAGCGCCCAGGCGGGCCGGGGAACCUCCUGCCAGGGCUGCCCCAACCAGCGGCUCUGCGCCUCGGGAGCCGGCGCCGCGCCGGACCCAGCCAUAGAGGAAAUCAGAGAGAAAAUGAAGACGGUGAAACACAAAAUCUUGGUGCUGUCCGGCAAGGGCGGCGUGGGCAAGAGCACCUUCAGCGCCCACCUGGCCCACGGCCUGGCGGAGGACGAGAACACGCAGGUGGCCCUUCUCGACAUUGACAUCUGCGGCCCGUCCAUCCCCCGCAUCAUGGGACUGGAAGGAGAGCAGGUGCACCAGAGCGGCUCGGGCUGGUCCCCCGUGUUCCUGGAAGACAACCUGGGGGUGAUGUCGGUGGGCUUCCUGCUCGGCAGCCCCGACGACGCCGUCAUCUGGAGGGGCCCGAAGAAGAACGGCAUGAUCAAGCAGUUUUUGCGCGACGUGGACUGGGGGGACCUCGACUACCUCGUCGUGGACACGCCGCCGGGGACAUCCGACGAGCACCUCUCGGUCGUCCAGUACCUGGCGGCGGCGAACAUCGACGGGGCAGUGGUCAUCACCACGCCGCAGGAGGUGUCGCUGCAGGACGUCCGCAAGGAGAUCAGCUUCUGCCGCAAGGUGAGGCUGCCCGUCAUCGGCGUGGUGGAGAACAUGAGCGGCUUCGUCUGCCCCAAGUGCCAGAAGGAGUCUCAGAUAUUCCCGCCCACGACGGGGGGCGCAGAGCCCAUGUGCCAGGACCUGCAGGUGCCCUUCCUGGGCAGAGUGCCCCUGGACCCACACAUAGGGAAGAGCUGUGACAAGGGCCAGUCCUUCAUGGCGGACGCCCCCGACUCCCCGGCCACACUGGCCUACAGAAGCAUCAUUCAGAGAAUCCGGGAGCACCUGACUCCACAGCUGGCCGGGGCGAGCCCCCCCGGGUCCUGAAGCAGGGCGCAGGCCAGGCGGCAGGGGCGCGGGCGGCCAGAGACGCCAUGGUCAUCUGCUGGCACUGGAUGGACGCGCUUCCUCCAGCCUGGCCCGCGGCCGCCACGUGCCGACCCGCUGCGGGCGGCGACAGGACGGUCUGAGGCGGGUCUCGGGGUCUGCGGGAGAAGCGAGGGCCGGGGGUGCCGCGCCUUCCCCCCCCUCGGUGCCCCAACAGUGGUCUCCAGCUGAGGGUGGGGCCGAGAAGACAUUCAGGCAGGGAGGGAGCCGGCACCUCCGGGUGCCCGUCCUCACCUGGUGAGCCACGGGGAGGGGGGCGUGCCCGCCCUUGGGACGCUGCCUUGGGAGAUGCUGUGAGCUGGGCAGAGCAGCUGGGCACAGCCCCCGUCCUUCCCUCCCGCACCCCCGAGUGCAGGGGGACUCCCAGCACUGCUCACUCCUUCCUGCGUCUCACCUAAGGCCUCCGGACCUCCAGCCCCUCCAGGCCAGCCUUCCGGAAGGUGCUGGGGCAGGCCUGCAGGGGGCCUGCAGGGGUUGCCACCACUCCCGGGAGUGACCCCCGUUCUGCCCACUCAGGCCCAGGCAGGCCCAGAAGCCGAGGAGCUGGUUGCUCGGGUGACGGGAAGCUGCCUGGUCCCACUCGGAGAUGGGGCCACCGUGCCGGGGGGGCGGAGGGGGGUGUCUGGUCCCUCCUGAAAUGCCUUUGCACACCGUUGGGCCGGGUCUGAGAGAGUUCUGUGGUUCUUGAUUCUGGAGCUUUUAUAAAGUCAUUGAAAAAAAUACGAUGGCCAGUCACGGGGCUUCUGACCCGCGUUGCAAAUGCUGCGUCCUGGGUUUGGUCCCGGCAAGGCCGAGGGGAGAACGAUGCAGGGAACAGAGACGGGCACCGAAGGGCAGAGCACGAGGGCUGACUCCACUGAUGGGCCGGGGGCGGGCCCCAGGGGUC